AUGAGUCUCCCUGCCGAAAGUAAGACCAACAGACCACCAGUUCCCACAGGAGGAUUCAAAGGGAGCGACCUGCCCCCACUGGUGACCGACAAACCUCCCAGGGUCCUCAUUGCAGGUGGCGGUCUUGGAGGACUUUUCCUUGGUCUUCUCCUGGAGCGAGCAGAAAUUCCCUACGAGAUCUUUGAACGGUCUGCGGAAAUCAGACCUCUUGGUGCCAUCAUGAGUCUGUCACCCAACAUUCUUCCCGCCUUUGAGCAGUUGGGGUUGUAUGAGGAACUCAUGGCCUUCUCCAAACCGUCGCGUAGCGGAAUCAUGCUCACGGAUAAGCUGAAGCUUAUAGGCAAGAUGGUCCCUACGUCCCCUGAGAUUAUGGGCUACGAACGCAUCUUGUUUGCCCGCCCACAACUCCACGACAUGCUCUUUAAUAAGAUCCCAAAGGACAAAAUGCACAUGGCCAAGAAAGUCCUCUCAUUUCAACAGAACCAUGAGGGAGUCAUGGUCCGCUUCAGCGACAAUACGACCAUCCAUGGAGAUAUCCUUGUUGGUGCCGAUGGAGCCCACAGUUCUGUCCGUCAGCAUCUCUACAAGACAUUGGACAAACAGGGACUGUUGCCCAAGGGUGACACCAAGCAGAUGAAUAAAGGGUAUAUUUCUCUUGUGGGGACGACUGUUGAGUUGGACCCAAAGGAUUACCCGGGUAUGUUAGAGGAGGAUUCGGAGAGUAACCUUAUCAUUGGAGACAAGAAGACACCUUACACCUGGGUGACAUUCACAGUCCCUGGAAACAAGAUCUGCUGGAACGUAGUCGUUCAAUUGGGGCUUGCCGAGGUCGCAGAUGACCAAUUCAAGUCCUCGGAUUGGGUUCCACAGCAGAACAAGGCCAUGAUGGACUCUAUCCGCCACUUCAAGACAACCUAUGGAACAAUGGGCGAUUUGUUUGACGUUACCCCGAUGGAAGGAGUCUCUAAAGUCUACUUUGAGGAUAUGUUGUUUGAGACGUGGCACCAUGGCAGGACUGUCUUGAUCGGCGAUGCUGCUCACAAGCUUCUCCCAAGCAGUGGAGCCGGUGCUGUGAACGCUAUGCAGGACGCUGUUAUCCUUGCUAACCACUUAUACGACAUUUACCCCACCAGCUUCGAAAAUGUCAAGCAAGCGUUGAAGGGUUACAAGGAAGAACGAUUCGACGCUGUCAAGGACCAGUAUCCUCAAUCAUACAUGGCUGCCAGGUUGAUGUACGGCCAUACAUUUUCGGAGCGAAUCCUUCGACACAUCGUAUUCAACUGGACACCCAACUCCGUCACACAAAAGCAACUCAACAAAAACACCGCCUACCGUCCCCAAGCCAAUUUCUUACCACAGGCACCCAAGCGAGGGACAAUGGACACUAUCCCCCAGAACCCUUCGCGACGUGCUCGGCCGGAGGAAGCUGACAAGAGUAAGGCCGUUCCAGGUGAAGUCAUUACUCUCUAG